AUAAAAAAAAAUGAACAUUUGAUUGCAUUUUGGGGUAUGCGAGAUAAAUUGUGCAUUUUGAGUGAUUUAGAGGCUAUGGCUGAUUCUGUUAGACAAAGGAGAAUGAGCGUAACAAACUCCGACGGAGAAAAUCUGGUCGGCAUAUUACACGAUGCGUCUUCCACUUCACUUGUUAUCGUCUGCCAUGGUUUUCAAUCUUCCAAGGAAAGGAUCCCCAUGGUAAACCUUGCUGCUGCUCUGGAAAAAGAUGGGAUCAAUGCCUUCCGAUUUGACUUUGCCGGAAAUGGGGAAAGUGAAGGUUCAUUUCAGUAUGGUAACUACUACAGAGAAGUUGAAGACCUACGAGCUAUAGUCCAACACUUCCGUGAGAAGAAAUAUGUAAUUAUUGCAAUUGUUGGUCAUAGUAAAGGGGGUAACGUGGUUUUGUUAUAUGCUUCAAAAUAUAAGGAUAUUGAUACUGUUGUCAAUAUCUCUGGCCGGUUUAACCUAGCAAGAGGUAUGGAGAGUCGCCUGGGUGAAAAUUUUAUACAAAAGAUCAAACAAGAUGGAUUUAUAGAUGUUAAAAACAAAAAAGGGAAGAUUAUGUUCCGUGUUACUGAAGAAAGUUUAAUGGACCGUCUAAAUACUAUAACCCAUCUUGCCUGCUUAUCCAUCCCUGAAAAUUGCAGGGUGUUGACAGUUCACGGAUCCAUGGAUGAAACUGUACCUGCAGAAGAUGCUUUAGAGUUUUCUAAGUUCAUCUUAAAUCAUGAAUUGUGCAUCAUAGAAGGGGCUGAUCAUGAAUACACUUAUCAUCAAGAUGAAUUGACCAGCUUAGUUUUGGAAUUUAUCAAGGUUCAUAAUGAUAAGGAAAACAAUACAUCUAAGCAGACACGAUUUGGAAGAGUAGAUAAACCUAUCCAUUCACGAUUCUAGUCCUUGCAGAAUAUGUGGAUCCAGUCCCUCGUUUUAAUAUAUCAUUCUACAAAUAAAGAUGGACAGUACUAACCAGGCAGCCAAUAAUUUUUAGCUGUCGCAAGUCAAAGAAAAUUGACCAAUAUUGCCCAAGUUUCUCAUUAUUGGACCUCAACAAUUGCACGUCUGACAAGUACUACUGCAUCAUUAUUGCCAGGUUAUCUAUCUGACAUUAAACUCUUAUUGUUGCUGUUAAAGAGUUUAUGCUCUUGCAUUUACUGUCAGUUUUGAUAUCAUGAAUGUCAACACCGCUCAUCUGGUAGAUAGAACAUAUAAAAGAGUGAAAGUGAUUUAUAUGCAUUCACUGUUGAUUUAUCUCGUGAGUUUGAACUUCGAACGCCACUCGCCUGGUAAAUAGAACAUAUGUUGAUUGAAUUGUUGUUAUCAUAAGUGAGCAGUCACAGUCACAGCCAAUGUGUAAUUGAAUGGCAACUACCAGAAGUCCAUAACAAUUAAUCUCAGAGACAGGGACAGAGCAAGAAGUCUAAGUCAAGUUAGGCCCAAGACAGUGUUAUCUAUGAGACUUGACCAGAAAAAAUUAGGACACUUACUUUAGUAUGACAAACAUGUUGCUAAAAGCAGGAAGGGGGCACAUAAUAUUUUUAUCCUACAUACUGAAAACUGGAGGGGCACACAGUACUAUGUUAUUGCAUUAUCAAAGUGAAGUUUUUAGGGGGGGUCAUGGUGUGCUUCCCCUUAGAUUGGCCCCUGCUUGCUUGGAAGCUGACUGUUAUUACAGAGUUGAUAGGACAGACUACCUACUACAAUACUUCUUUUACAGAUUUACUUUUGGCCACAACAUUUUGCACACUUCAUUCAGAAAUGGAAAUUAAUGUUCAAUGAUAAUCAUGAGUCACACACUACAUGUUGAGCUCAAUUUUGUUUUGAAGCUCAAUGUGAUAUCAUGGCCAUACACUUCAUACAGAAACAAACGUGAUUUGUCUUGUUUGCAUUAUAUGACUCCUCACUUUUCGUGGCUAUAUUAAAGAUAUGAUUUGUUGUUGAGUAUGAA